UGGUUAAAAGAAGAAGACACUUUGAAGCAGGCUUUAAAUUUCAAUUAGAGUUCAACGAAAAAGGUUGCUUUUUCACAUUUGAAAGUCUGGUAAAAAAAAAAGAUUCCAAGCAGAGGCAUCUGCUGAAGUGGCAGCCACAGAUUUUUGAAAUUUACAGACUUUUAGAAGCCUUUCCCUUCAGGAUUAUUGCUCUCAUUCUCACGGCAUUUGCCAUGGAACAAUCUUCUUGUAGGUAUGAUGAACCAGAGUUCAGUUUGAGAGAAUGGGGCAUCAAGGCUCGAAUCAGCCGCGAAAACACCGCUUCGAGACGAUAUUCGGCUUCAUAUAUCCGAAGUUUCAGAGAAGAUUCAAGGUCUUUUAGAUCGAAUAUAACCAUUUGUAGCACUGCUUCAUCUCCUGGAUAUUCUUUGAAAGAUGAGAUUGACCCUUCAACAUACUCUUUUACAACAGCUCUUAAAGCAUUGCAGGCAAGAACAGUGUACAAUACCUGGGAAUGUUUGUCACCAGAGGGAUUUGCUUUGAACUCCAAGUGGAAUGAAGCAGAGAAAUACAUUUGCAACCCUCUUUCAGGAGAGGUUCCAAUGGAAUGUUUAUCUGCAAAGACACUGAGUGGAAGGUCGUUUCGGAACUUUACGAAUCGUAUCACCAUGUCUGCUCCUCUUGUUUACCCCAUUCAUCAUGUUAUAUAGCAACCAAGUCGUCUUCCAGGACAGUUCAACAGGACAUACUUCAGUUUCCAG